UCCAAACCAUGUGGCACAUUUUCAGCCUCCUCCCACAGUAAAGUAACGAGCUGCGACGGAUGUAGUUGACAAGCCAGGUUUUACACUGGUCCAAGCCUUCACUUUUAUUAUUAUCUACAACUAGUCCCUUCCAUUCUUAUAUAAAGAACUGGUAUUUAGUCAAGAAAUUAUCAAACUGCUCUACUUGCUUGCAAGAAAUGGCUGGAAGUGGAGUUUUUGCAGAGAUAGUUGAUGGAGAUGGUGUUUAUAAAUUCUAUUCGGAUGGUGAAUGGAGAAAGUCUUCCUCUGGAAAAUCAGUGCCUAUCAUUAAUCCCACUACUAGAAAGACCCACUUUAAGGUCCAAGCCUGUUCUCAAGAAGAGGUGAACAAGAUCAUAGAAACAGCAAAAAUAGCUCAGAAAUCAUGGGCAAAGAUUCCUCUAUGGAAAAGGGCAGAAUUGCUUCACAAAGCAGCAGCAAUUUUGAAAGAGCACAAAGCUCCCAUUGCAGAGUGCCUUGUGAAAGAGAUCGCAAAACCGGCUAAGGAUGCAGUGACUGAAGUGGUGAGGUCUGGGGAUUUGGUGUCGUAUUGCGCUGAAGAAGGGGUUAGGAUUCUUGGAGAAGGCAAAUUUUUGGUGUCCGAUAGUUUUCCUGGGAAUGAAAGAACCAAAUACUGUCUUACUUCAAAGAUUCCACUAGGAGUUGUUUUAGCUAUCCCACCCUUCAACUAUCCUGUCAAUCUCGCUGUUUCAAAAAUUGCUCCUGCAUUAAUUGCUGGAAACUCCCUUGUGCUUAAGCCUCCAACCCAGGGUGCCGUAGCCGCACUUCACAUGAUCCAUUGCUUUCACUUGGCUGGUUUUCCCAAGGGCCUUAUUAGCUGUGUUACAGGAAAGGGUUCCGAAAUUGGUGAUUUCCUCACUAUGCAUCCUGGUGUCAACUGCAUAAGCUUCACAGGUGGAGACACUGGAAUAGCCAUCUCAAAAAAAGCAGGCAUGAUCCCUCUUCAGAUGGAAUUGGGUGGCAAGGAUGCUUGUAUCAUUUUAGAAGAUGCUGAUUUGGAUUUAGUUGCUGCAAAUAUUGUUAAAGGAGGCUUCUCAUACAGUGGUCAAAGGUGCACAGCUGUUAAGGUUGUUCUAGUCAUGGAUUCGGUAGCUGAUGUUCUUGUCGAGAAAGUUAAAGCCAAAGUUGUAAAACUGACUGUUGGACCACCUGAAGAUGAUUGUGAUAUUACUCCAGUCGUUACAGAAUCCUCUGCGAACUUUAUUGAAGGGCUGGUAAUGGAUGCCAAGCACAAAGGAGCGACAUUCUGCCAAGAGUACAAAAGAGAGGGCAACCUUAUAUGGCCAUUGUUGUUGGAUAAUGUUCGACCUGAUAUGAGGAUAGCAUGGGAGGAGCCUUUUGGUCCAGUUUUACCAGUUAUCAGAAUAAACUGUGUAGAAGAAGGAAUCCACCACUGUAAUGCUAGCAAUUUCGGCCUUCAGGGAUGCGUCUUUACAAAAGAUAUAAAUAAAGCAAUUUUGAUAAGUGAUGCCAUGGAGACAGGAACAGUGCAAAUCAAUGCGGCACCGGCUCGUGGACCCGAUCAUUUUCCAUUCCAGGGCCUGAAAGACAGUGGAAUUGGCUCCCAAGGAAUAACUAAUAGCAUUAAUAUGAUGACAAAGGUCAAGAGUACUGUGAUCAACUUGCCUACCCCUUCUUACACCAUGGGUUGAUACUGUUGUAAAUAUAUAAGAUUAUGCUUAUUAACUUACAUAAGUAUAUAUAAAUAACCCUUUUUACACUAGGGUUCGAUUUGGCCCUUAGGCCUAAAAAUAAGUUACACCGCACUGAAUCUUUCCACUCGAGCUUUCAGUGGUCAUUUAGUUUUUGUAAGAAAGAGUACAAAGAGGUCUAUAAUGGUUUCAUGUUGUAAAAUAGACUGAUAGUGUAAUGAGUUACUAUAAUAAUGUGUUGUAUGUUCUAUAUCGCGUGGACAUUUUAAAAGCUCGAUUACAAUCACACUUUUCGGACACAUGUUGAUAAUUUAAAA